AUGAUAGCAGAUGAGGAAGAGGAUGCUGAAGCGGAUUCAGAUUCAGAUUCUGACUUUGAAAUGACAAAGAAACCACGCUACAGGCAUCGACUUCUGAGACAUAAGCUCACAAUGAGUGAUGGUGAAUCUGGGGAUGACAAGAAGGGAUCCAAAGUCAAAGAUCAAACAAAAGAAGGCACACGAAAGAGCAGAAGGAAAGCAAGUAGUAAUGAAAAUACUACUGAGCAGGAGAGUGAUUCUGAUUUUCAGGAGUCUGGAUCAAGUGAGGAAGACGAAAGUGAUUCUGAUGAUAAACGGAAGCGCCCAAGAACGAGAGCAUCUAAGAAAGAGGCUGAGGAAAAUCAACGUAGCUACCUUCAGAAAAAGAAACGAAGGCGCAUUAAAGUUCAAGAAAACUCAUCAAGUGAAAAGCAAAGUAACUCUGAAGAUGAGGGUAACGGUGAUAGUAAUGACAAUGAUUCCAAAUCCCCGGGGAAAGGUCGGAAGAAGAUUAGAAAGAUUUUGAAAGACGGAAAUUUACGUACAGAAACUCAAAAUGCCUUGAAAGAAGAGGAAGAUAGAAGAAAACGCAUCGCGGAUCGAGAAAAAGAGAGAGAAAAGUUGCGAGAGCAGGUUGUGUCUGAAGAUAUGUCCCCAAUGCAGUGUCCAAUAACCACUAAAUUAGUCCUUGAUGAAGACAAGGAGACAAAUGAAUCUAUCGUCCAGGUCCAUAGAAAUUUGGUGAGGAAACUGAAGCCUCAUCAAGUUGAUGGUGUGCAAUUCAUGUGGGAUUGUUGCUGUGAAUCGGUGAGCAAAGCCUUAAAGGAGAAUGGGUCUGGGUGCAUUUUGGCACAUUGUAUGGGACUUGGAAAGACAUUACAGGUGGUGACCUUCUUGCACACCAUGUUGUUGGCCGAGAAACUGAACUUCAGUACUGCCUUAAUUGUUUGUCCACUUAACACAGUUCUUAAUUGGAUUAAUGAAUUUGCCAAAUGGCAGGAAGGACUGGAUGAUGAUGAAUGUUUAGAGGUAAAUGAAUUAGCAACAGUAAAACGUCCUCAGGAGCGGGCCUACAUGCUUGAAAGAUGGAUGGAAGAUGGUGGUGUCACGAUUCUAGGUUAUGAAAUGUACCGUAAUCUUGCACAAGGCAGGAAUGUGAAAAGCAAGAAAUUGAAAGAAAUAUUCCACCGGACUUUAGUAAAUCCAGGUCCUGACUUUGUUGUAUGUGAUGAAGGUCAUGUGCUUAAAAAUGAAGCUUCCGCUAUAUCAAAGGCAAUGAAUUCUAUUAAAACCAAACGGAGGAUUAUUCUUACUGGGACGCCAUUACAAAAUAAUCUAGUAGAAUAUCACUGUAUGGUGAAUUUCAUUAAAGAGAACCUUCUUGGUUCAAUAAAGGAAUUCCGAAACCGAUUCAUGAAUCCCAUUCAAAAUGGCCAGUGUGCUGAUUCCACUUUAGCGGAUGUGAGAGUAAUGAAGAAACGUGCUCACAUCUUGUAUGAAAUGCUAGCAGGCUGUGUGCAGCGAAAGGAUUACACUGCACUUACCAAAUUCUUGCCUCCGAAAUAUGAGUAUGUUCUUUCUGUGAGAAUGAUGCCAAUUCAGUGCAAACUUUAUCAGUACUACCUUGACCAUUUUACAGGUGUGGGGACUAAUAAUGAAAGUGGAAGGGGGAAGACGGGCACAAGACUCUUCCAAGAUUUUCAGAUGCUAAGCAGGAUAUGGACUCAUCCUUGGUGCCUGCAGUUGGACUACAUCAGCAAAGAAAACAAGGGAUACUUUGAUGAGGACAGUAUGGAUGAAUUCAUUGCAUCAGACUCCGAUGAAACUUCAAUGAGCCUUUCCUCUGAAGAUGAGAAAAGUAAAAAGAGAAAAAAGCGUGGAAAGAAAGAUGAAAGUACCUCAAAGGAGAGUGGCAGUGACAAUGAUGUGGAAGUAAUCAAAGUUUGGAAUUCAAGGUCGCGUGGUGGAGGAGAAGCAAGCACAGAAGAGAAACCUGUAGACUCCAAUACUGCAAAAGCAGAUGAUGCAAAGCCCUCAACUGGUUCCAAUCCAGGUAGUCCAGCCGCGGAUUGGUACAAAGAGUUCAUCACAGAUGCUGAUGCAGAAGUAUUGCAGCAUUCUGGGAAAAUGGCCCUUUUGUUUGAAAUUCUGUAUAUGUCUGAAGCAAUUGGAGAAAAAGUACUUGUAUUCAGCCAGUCCCUCAUAUCAUUGGAUUUAAUUGAAGACUUUCUGGAGAUAGCAAACAGAGAGAAAUCAGAGAUUUAUAAAGGUAAUGGGAAAUGGUACAGGAAUGUAGAUUACUAUCGAAUGGAUGGUUCUACAAGUGCGCAAACAAGAAAAAAAUGGGCUGAAGAAUUCAAUGAUGAGAAUAAUAUCAGGGGCCGUCUGUUCAUUAUUUCCACCAAAGCAGGAUCGCUGGGGAUUAACCUGGUGGCUGCCAACCGUGUUGUUAUUUUUGAUGCCUCUUGGAAUCCUUCCUAUGAUAUCCAGAGCAUCUUUCGUGUUUACCGUUUUGGACAGAUAAAGCCAGUCUUUGUCUACAGGUUCUUGGCUCAGGGAACCAUGGAGGAAAAGAUUUAUGAUCGUCAAGUAACGAAGCAGUCACUAUCAUACCGUGUAGUUGACCAACAACAAAUUGAGCGACACUUUACAAUGAAUGAAUUAACUGAGCUCUACACUUUUGAGCCAGAUCAGCUGGAUGAUCCAAAUUCUGAGAAGAAGAAGAAGAGAGAUACUCCUCUGCUGCCAAAGGAUCACAUUUUAGCAGAGAUACUUCAAAACCAGAAAGAUUUCAUUGUGGGCUACCACGAGCAUGACUCUCUCCUGGACCACAAGGAGGAGGAAGAGCUAAGUGAGGAGGACAGAAAAGCAGCAUGGGCUGAGUAUGAAGCGGAAAAGAAAGGUCUCUCCUUGCGGACUAACGUCGCAAGUGGGAUUAAUUUCCCUGCUGUCAAUUUCGGCUUGCAGGCUGCACAUUUUCCUUUCAACAUAGCAACUUUGUCCACAAUGAGUAAUCAACAGCUGGAGGAUCUUAUCAAUCAAGGCAGGGAAAAGGUCGUUGAAGCCAGUACCAGUAUAGCAGGAGUGAGAGCAGAGGCGCUUGAAGACCUAAUUGCACAAGUGUGGAAAGAGAAUCCCAACCUGACUGAGGAGCAAGUUCAGGCAGUGUCACUGAGCAAACAAGCCAGCCAAGAACUCGAAAUAAAACGCAGAGAAGCCAUGUACAAUGAUGUCCUUUCAAAGCAGCAGAUGCUGAUAAGGUCUGUACAACAAAUAUUAAUGAGCCGAAGGCAGCAACAGAUCAGCCAUAUGGCAGUACAACAGCAAUAUCCAAUGAACCCACUUUUAAACCAGUAUAUGUCUUCAAGAAAUCCUGGUUCGAUGCUGACUUAUCCACACAUCGGUUUAAGAGGAUUGCCUAUGUAUCCACAAACUCCACCUGGUAUGCGACCUCCUCCUUUGCAACGGGCACCACCUGCACCUAUGCAGAUGAAGGGACAGUCUCCUGGCCCCCCACAACUGAAACAAGGAAUAAAAAAUUCAAAGAAGUAGCCACUGCUCAAGAGAUUAUAAAAAUGUAGUGUUGUGCCUUUGCUAUGGUAGCAAGCACAUUGCUGAACUGAAGAAAAGCUUCAAGUGACCAAUUUAUAACUGUAGAUUGCCGUUGGGACACUAUUUAAGUGCGUAGAAUUGUGCUGAGAUCAUCAGAGGUAAUAUUGUCAUAGGAGAUUCCACAGAAUCUUUAAACAUUGUAUAUAGCCUUAAUAAAUAUGUGACUGCUAGGGAGAGAACAAGUUUUCUUCCAAGUUUUUUUGUUCUGCCAAUUAUUUUGUUUAAUUCUGAUGUAUGUGAAAAUUUUAAAAAGUUUUUUUGAGGAGAUGAGAAGUUGAGAAUCCAGGACUCGUCGACCAAUGAAAUAUAAUUUAACAAAUGUAAUCUUUGCCACAUUACUUCAUGAGCUUCAGAAAUAAGACCAGUUGAUAAAGGAACAAAUGAUGUUGCCCCUUCAGUGUGUUUUUAUUUUGCUAAUAAUACCUAUGUCUCAAUCUAACAUAUGAGUACUUCUCCACAAUCUUUGGUAGCUUAAUUCCUCCAUCUGUUGAACCAAAAGAGAAUGAUUUUCAGAACUGCUGACGUUUAAAGGGUAGACUUCGAUGAUAUCAUUCAAUGCUGACAGGAGGACUUAUUUGAUGUCAUCCAUUAACAAGGGUCAGUUUUGUAUAUGUGCUGAUUUAUACCUUCAGUCUUAAUAAAAGCAAUUAGGUUCAUCUUUGGCGACGCCUCUGUGCAAUGCAUUGAUGUACAGACAGAGUUUCUUCCUCUCAACCUCUGCAGUACAGUUCAAAAAGUUUUUCAUAAUUUAAGCCCACUUUGUUGCCAGUCAGCCCAAUUCAGUGAACUGAAUUUUUCUUUUCAAUGUGCUCAACAUUAGUUGGAUGCGAAGAAGCUCUUUGUCCAUUUCAUCCAUUUUAGAUAUACAUCCAGUGAUGAUCUGUUAUGAGAGUGCUAUUUACCUUCCCUAGAUGUUGACUUGAUUUAAUCCAUGUCCUGUGAAUUUCUUUACUUUCCUGGAAUUGGACGUUCCAAUCCCACAAGUACAAAACUAGGAAUUUCUAUUUUUCAUCUAGUCCUUGUGUAUUUGUGCUCAAAAACUACUGUUCCAAGGAUUUGUUCCAAAUGGAUAGAACCUGUUACUUGGUACAAUGUAAAAAUGUCACACCAGAUCCAUCAUGAUCCUUGAAUUAGUCAUGCCCUUGUCACAAAACUGUUCUUGUAGCUUCUGUAGUCAGGAUAAACUCAGUGUAAGCAAAGAUUGCUAACCCUAUCAUCUUUGGUCUAAAGUUACUAUGGCUGUCAAUCCAAGAGCAGCAGCAUUUUAUUCCACCAGAGGUGAAUGAUCACAUAAUUAUGUAUUUUCUCCCCUAGAAUUACAUAGUGAUUUCAGUUGCACCAGUGAUUUGUUAUGUCAUCUCAGGUGUUGAGCCAUGUAACCAAAUGAUCCUUUGGGAUUAAUAUCACAUUUAUUGGUAACUGAUGUUGCUCCUGGACAGGUUGGGGAAACCAGCAUGCAACUCUUGCAGCUUUCUUCGAAAUUCAACUUCUUAGCUUCUUUAAUAUAAAUUCAAAUAAUCUGUUCUAGAAACUGAUGGUUCGUCAGCUUUACAUGAUAUGAGCUAAUGCCUAGGCUGUUCUUGAAUUAUUUUCUUUUGAAGAACUUGUACAAUUUAAUUGUACGGAAAAAUUUACCAUUUGGUCAUCACCAAACAAGUCAGAUAAGUUACAAUACAAGAAUGCAUAGAACCAGCUUUUAUCUAUAAGCCUAGACAACGUCCAUCUGCUUAGGCAUUUAAAACAAGUAGGUAUUUAAUGUGUUCUACAUUAUUGUCCAUGUGGAUUGAAAAUUGAUUAGGUGAAGUUGACCAAAUCUACUUCUAUAACCAGGGCCAUCCUUGAGGUCACUUUUUGGAAUAUCUGCAGAGUUGCACUGUCUGGCAACUAGUUUAAUGAAAAAUUAGCUUUCAAUCAAGAAAGUCCUGAAAUUCAUAAAGUAUCCUGAAAGGUACUAUUAAGACUGCAAGAGCAUCCAUCUUGGGUACCACUGGAUCAAGUUCUUUGUAUGUUAUGGUUUUCAUUGUAUGGAAGGUCAUUGCAUUAUAUAUCUGACAAUCUGCUCUUUUUGAAUGGCAGCAUUUCCAUAUAACAGAAUCUUGCAUAAUUAAUUCUAUCCGUGGGAAUUGCUGCUUGUAGAAUUUAGUAUUUUGUUUUUCUAGUUUUGGCCCCCAAAAAAUUACCAGCUUGCAGUAAAAUCCUAAUUGUGUUACUUAAUUAACUUUGUUAAAAGUACUGUAUGAUUGUAUUCCUCCUUGGAACCUUAGCUUACUCCUGUGGUUUGUGGUGGAUACUUCUCAUCAAAGACUGAAGAACCCUUGGAGGACAAAUUAUAUAAUUUUUGGAAGCCUGUCAGAUUGUUUCUGUUCAUAUUAUGUAUUAAUAUGACUUUAUUUAAUUCAUAGAUUUACAGUGUUAACCAUAUUUUGUGCUAAUCCACAUUUUUAUUUUUCACCAAUACUGUCAGCCUGAUGUAAACCAAAAAUAAAGCUAUUCUGCACUCUAGGCCUCAACAUUUAUUUUAAAAUCUUUAUAGUUCGUCUCUUGGUAUUGGAAUGAUUUAUGAAAUAUAAAUGUUUUCUAGUCUCCCUGACUUGUAGGACUAUAUUCAAAUGCUCUUAUUUGGAACUUGCAGCAAAGUGUAACUGUAAUGUUCUGUCAAAUAUUUCUGUUGAUUUAAGUUUUUUUUAUUUUGUUUUAGUUGCGUAGAGAAUUUUUUUUUUAAAUUAGCCUGUUGGCCUAAUUGAAAGGUGAGACUUCUACUCAACUGCUCAUUUUUUAAAAACAAAAUCUUUUGCUCAACAUUUAUUUGCUUUCUGUGAUAAAAUUCUUUUCAAUUGACAAACUUUCCAUUUUUCCUCAUUGUGAAAUCUUGCAAGUCAUUUUGCCCCACUGCCUUUCUAAGAAUUCGCCAGAACAAUGAUUUGCUUUGUUGUCAUUUUGAGACUUAAUGUUAUUAUAAUGUUAAGAAUGAUCUAAUACAAACAAAUUUCUGUCCAGAUGUUUAAAAGAUGCAUGUGUACGUACGUUCUGUUGUGCCAGACUCUACACUUGUUCAUUCAGUGGGAUGACAUCUUUGGUUGAUUUAUGUCACAACACCUUAUCUUCAAAUUGGAAUCAAAAGUAUACAAUGGCUUGAACUUUUUAUAAGUAUGCUUUAAAACAUUUCCCAUUUUCAUCCUGCAAUUGGAUUUCACAAAAUUAAAAGAUAAUGUAAUAUUGGUAUACUGCACUUGUACAGGCUUUUUGAUUUAAAAUUUUAAUCUAUUGCAGUGUGAUUUCCAUGUGUUUUAGAAGCCAGGAGAAAUAGUUUGAAUGUAUUUGGGGUAAAGGCAUGAUGAUGGUGCCAUGUGGCAGCAGAGGGCAGCAGAUGGAAUUUCCAACUGCAAGGCUUUGGCAAUUUAUGGCCUUUAUUUCCCUUUGCUGUCCUUAACAUGCUUCAUUUUAUCUUUUGGAAUUAUUAUUUUAUGACAAAUACAGUACUGUUCAAGAUCUCUUGCAAAAUUACCAGCAGAUGUUUUCACAGGAUAAAUCAAAAGUGUUUGCUGGUUUGUCAUUUAAAUACAAAUAAAAAGAUGAAGCCAUGGGUAGCACAAUAGUGGUAUAAGGCCAAUGCACAGAAUCAAAUUUUUGAGACGAGAUAUACAACAAAAAUUAGACUUCUCAUAUGUUUCACUUUAAAUUUGAUUUUUUUUUUGUUUAUAUUCUAUCAGCGCUGUAUUUCGUGCUGAAUUUGACCAGGAAAUAGUUUUGAAACUAUUAUGGUUGUGGUUGGGAAAAAAAAUUAAAUCACUCGAAUUGUUCAUUUUUAUAAAGUUAGAUGUGAUUUACAUAGUUGCUGUUGCUUAACCGAUAAAUAUGUUGCAGCUCGUAUUAAGACUGAAUGGUAAAUACCAUAUUUUCUAACUCGUACUGUCCUUAAUUUUGGAUGUAAAGCAUUCUUUGCUUAGUAAUAUGUUUUUUGUAUCAAACGUACCCUAGUUGACUAGCAAAAGGAGAGCCCGAAAACCAUUAUUUGCUGUUGAAUUCUAACAGCUUUGAAGAUGUAACAGUCUUGCUUGCUUUCUAUAUAUUUUAGAAGUUGUUUCAACUGUAUUUAUUCACUACCGUAAAUACCGUAGAACUGAUACAAUUUCAUCCCAUAGGGAUCAUCGUGUGUAAAAUAAACUGGCAGUGUGUUUUAAUAGAAAUUGUAGUGGAUGAAUAAGUACGCACACUGUUGUGUUGUUACCUUUGCAAGUGGUAUCAAAACAUUUAAAUUUUAAUAUUUAAUAUUCAAUAAAAAUGACAAAAUUGAAA